AUGGAUUCGUACAAGAUGUCUCGUCUGCUUGUUUCGGUUUGGAGUGCUUUCGUUUAUUUUUAUCUUUUUGUACUUUCGGAACCUGUUAUGUGCAAGUCCAUAGACAAACAAAUUCUCGACGCGGCUCCAAAAGCUGAAAUGUUUGACCUCCUUCACCUCAUGCCUGAAGGCAAAGUGAUGAUCAUGGCAGAACUCGACCUCCUCCUGACUCUUCAACAGUACAAGAAUCUUUACACAACACCAAACGCUUACCGCCAAAAAAGAAAAGCCGUUCGCGAUACAGACACUAGAUGGACCAACUGUAGAGUGUACUACGAAAUCACACAAGCCAUAAACACAACGAAUAAUAGAGCUGUCAUUAAAGAGGCUAUCGAAGAGUGGGAGAAAUAUACUUGUCUGGAGUUCAUAGAAUGUGCAGAAAAGCCUCAACGCAUACAGUUUAUGGAUGGCGGAGGGUGUUAUUCUCAACUGGGUAUGCAGACAGAACCUCAGGUUCUUGUUCUAGCCCCAGGCUGUCGGAAGAAAGGCAUCGUUGUUCAUGAGAUUGGUCAUGCUGUCGGUUGGUACCACGAACAUAUGCGGCCGGACCGUGACGACUUUGUGGCAAUUAAUUUGAACGUCGUUCCCGAUCUUUACCACCCUAACUUUAUUAAAUAUAACAACAGCGUCGUCAACACGUACGAUAUCCCUUAUGAUUAUACCAGUGUUAUGCAUUAUGGAAACGAGGCUCUUCCGGGUUCCCUCACAACAUUGGACCCUUCGUAUCAAACAAGGAUUGGCCAACGUCAAGGGUUAUCGUUCAAGGACAUUAAACUAGCGAAUAUAAUGUACAACUGUUCAGGAUUGGGGUGCAAACUUAAAACCUGUAGUCACAAUGGCUUUGUUCUCUUUAAAGAACACAAGGGUGAAAAAAAAUGUUCUUGCUGGUGUGAUUCAGGAAACGUGGACGAUCCUUUGGUUCUUUGUUCUUCCAUUGACAAAGAACCAGCUCAGCCGAAACCUGUACCCACCCAGCUUCCAGCCACAAAACCAUGCCGUGAUGUACGCAAUGAUUGUAAUGAUCUUAAACUGCAAGAUGCUGACGUCUGCAUGACAAAAACAAAGCUCAUGAUGGCAUCUUGUGCCAAGACGUGCGACUUUUGUGGGAAGGGAGAGAACAUGUGCAUGGACUACGAAAAGGGCUGUCCUCUUCUGGCUGCUUCUGCAGCUUGCAAGGACCCAGCGCUGGAGAGAGUUAUGAGCAUGCUCUGUCCUGCAUCGUGUGGCGUGUGUAAACCAACAAACCCUUGCAAUAUUCAACAGGAACUGAUGGGAUCGCCCCAAGGUAGAAACGAGGCAGUGAAGGUCAUCUCUUCGAGGUUGUUUAUGCACACAUUCGUGCUUGUUGGUUUAAGUCUAACAGUACGUUAA